AAGAUAUCCAGUUUUUAUAAUUUCAGAAAUGGUUAUCGUUAUACAACCGCCUAGCAUCUUCAAGGAUUCAAUGACCUUGCACUGCUUUUCCAGAAGUAACAAAAGCAGAAAACAGAAGGUACCAACAAAAAUUCAACACAAGAGAAGUAGUCUCUUUUUCCCCGACUCAUCCCUAACCCCACUUCUGGUCAAUCACAGGCCCGUCACCCUUCAAAAACUCGAAGCCCUAGACGCUGUCGUUCAGGACCUCGAAGCCUCUGUUAAAAGGGGUAUAAUCAUCGAUACCAAAAUUUUUGCUUCCCUUUUAGAAACAUGCUACCACCUAAAAGCCAUUGAUCAUGGUAUUAGAAUCCACCGCCUUAUACCACCAAAGCUUUUGCGCAAAAAUGUCGGCGUUUCCUCCAAACUCCUCAGGCUCUACGCUUUCUGUGGUCACAUAGAGAAUGCUCACGAAGUAUUCGAUCAAAUGUCUAAACGAAAUGCAUACGCUUUUGCGUGGAACUCACUUUCAUUGAUGAAGGAAAAAUAUGGCAUCAUGCCGAUAAUGGAACACUAUGCCUGUAUGGUGAACCUUUACGGGAGGGCAGGAUUGAUUAACGAGGCUUAUGUGGUGAUAAUCGAUGAAAUGGAGGUUGAGGCUGGACCUACUGUGUGGGGAGCAUUGUUGUAUGCUUGUUACUUGCAUGGAAAUGUGGAGGUAGGAGAGCUUGCUGCUCAAAAUCUCUUCGAGCUGGAGCCGGAUAACGAACAUAAUUUCGAGCUGUUAAUGAAGGUUUACAGUAAAGCGAGGAGGAUGGAGGAUGUGGAGAGAGUGAGAGCAAUGAUGUUGGAUAGAGGCUUGGAGAUUUGAGUUGAACUCUAUUGAGAAGAAGAUGCAAUUCAUAAAUCCUGAACUGCUGCUACUACUCUUAACUAUGAUUUUAUGGUAGAUUAUAUAAUAAGUUAUUUAAUUUAAGUAUAUAACGA